AUGUUGCAUCCCGACGCCGUCGUGUCAACCAUCCGCGGCAUCGAAUACACUGCGCUAGAGCAGGCCGCCCUGUGCCUGUGCCCCUCGAUCGUCCACCGGCUGCUAGAGCGCGGUGCCGACCCCGACCAACGUAGUCGUACCGGCGCCACCAUCUUGUACAAGGUCAUGGCGAACUACGAUGUGCAUCGGUGGGCCGACGGGCUCCCCGACGGUGGGCAGCUGAUCGGGAUGACGGUCGUGGCCCUUCUGAUGUACGGUGCCAACCCCGCCCUGCGCCCGUACCCUCCGGUGCUCCCCGACACUGCCACCUCGGAGCAAUCGAAAAUUGGGGCGUCGCUUUUCCUCCUGGGAAUCGACUCCCCGUAUCCACAGAUCCGGCAGCACUUUGCGGAGCUCCUGCAUCGCCGCGUCUGCGAGAGGUCAGUGUGUCGGGAGCGCAUGUACGACUACGGAGUACCUGGGGCGGAUAUCCCGGGCCAUUGUGCUAUAUCUCGCAGCCAGCUGACCCCUGAAGAACUGCGGUUCGCAGAGACCGUCGAGAGAGGGAGGGAGGCUGACUUUAGAGAAGGGCCGUUUGGGUUUGGGGGCUGGGUCGGCCAUGGUGAUGUGCUUGUAUGGUGA